GCGAGAUCUCCGGCCGCGAGAAGCGUCAACUUCAAAAAGCGGAAAAAUGGCGGCUUCUGUUUCCGAAGAUGCCGGCGUCUUCACGUUUUGGCCCGACAGAAAGCAGCCCCGCCCAGGACUGCGGCCUGCUAGGGGCAUAGCAAUGAGGCAGACGACCAUCCGCCCUUUCAAAAUUGUGAAAGACUGGAGUUCACCAGCGAGCAGUCAGCAUGAUGAUGAUGAUGAUAAGCGUGAGCCCGAUACAAGAGUGAGUUCUAAGGUGUCUCAGUCCCCCAGUAUCCAGGGCAGUCCUGCUUCAGUGGUGCAGACAAGCCCACAGCCUGGGAGCUUACCUGAAUCAGAGGAACCAACACUGACAGAUAUUCAUGCUUCAGUGCCAGAUGUAGACCCCAGCCAGCGGAGGAAAAGUGGCCGUGCACCUAAGGUUCGCCAGGAGUGGUGGAAGGCUUCUCCAGAUGUUGGCUCCAACUCAAAUGCUGUCAGAAGCACUGGAAAGAAGAGACAAGAAAGAUUGUUAAGUUUCUUGCCAGACGAUUCAGACUCGACGUCCGUUACAACCACCAGAAAGAAGAAGCAACAGAACAUUGAGCCAGUAGUCUCAAAUUCGAGCACUGUCCAAAAAACAGGGAAGAAGAGACAACAACAAUCAUCAAGUCUCCCACCAGGUGAUUCAGACUUGGCUUCCAUUACGACCACCAGAAAGAAGAAUCAAAAGAACUCCCAGCCUGAAGAAUCUGACUCGAGCGCUGUCCGAAACACGGGGAAAAAGAGACGACAGAGGUCAUCAAGUUUCCCGCCAGACGAUUCUGACUCAGUUUCCGCUUCGACCACCAGAAAGAAGAAAGAACAGAGCACUGAGCCAGCAGUCUCAAAUUCGAGCACUGUCCGAAAAACAGGGAAGAAGAGACAACAACAAUCAUCAAGUCUCCCACCAGACAAUUCAGACUUGGGGUCCGCUAUGACCACCAGAAAGAAGAAACAACAGAGCGUCGAGCCAGCAGUCUCAGAGUCAGAUUCCAGUGUGGUUCAAACAACUGGGAAAAAGAAACGACAGAGAAGACAGAGUUUCCUACCAGAUGAGUCAGACUCAAGUUCUGUUGAAACUACCGAGAAGAAACGUGGGGAAAAGGGGAGCUCUCAAUCUGAGGAUUUGGACUCUAGAUCUGUCGGAGCCACCAGAAAGAGAAGGCAACAGAGUAUCGAGCCAGAAGACUCUGACUCGAGUUCAGUUAGAACCACCAAAAAGAAGAAAAGGCAGAGACAACAGAGUUCCCAGUCAAAUGAAUCAGAUUUGGGUGCCACUAGAACAACGGGGAAGAAGAAGAGGCAACAGACACAGCAAAGUUCCUUGUCUUCAAAGAAUAAAGCUGAGAAGACCAGACAGAGUAGUCAGACGACACCAGUGCAAGAUGUACAUGUAGAGGAGUCAACUGUGUCUUCAGAAAGCAGCAUGCGAAGGACAAGACGUGUGUCCAAACGAUCUACAGAAUGGUGGAGGGUUACAGGGAUAAAUGGUUCAGACAGCAGGAAUGGAGUGUCCAGUUCGUCUGAUGAGAACCAGCCCGUGCCCCGAGGGUUUGGGACAGAAGAGUCUUCUGGUUCGUCUAGUUCAUCUGGUGGGUACAGAGGGAUGAAAACACCAAGGAGCCAAGGACAGGGGGAUGCCAACAACUUGGUGAGUGGAGUCAGCAGACGUGUCGUCUCCAAACGACCUCCCAUACCUCCUCGCCAUGCAGGCACUGGUAACAACACCAAAGGUCAAACUGUGUAUCAAUGGAACACAGGCGGACUUGAACGUAACCUAGGUGACCUGUCCGACCUGGAUAUCCUGCUAACAAUGAUAGAGGACCUGACACAACAGUACCAGGAUUCCUGUGGAAACUUGACAGAGUCAGCUAUAUGCAAGGAAAUGAUGACACAGUUCAGAGACAAGGUCAUAGGUGCCAUCCAGAGGAAAAUUGACCUUGUACAUAAGUACAAGUUUGACCAGUCCAGGCUGAGGAGGAUGGACCUGACAAUAAAGCAGAGACGUUCUGAACUGUUGUCUCUCCAGAGAGAGGACGUCAGACUGGACCAGCAGCUUGACCAGUUACAGAAGAAACUGACUGAUUCCACAGAAAGGGAUCAGAUCUUACAGAAGACCAGCACUGUUCUACAGGAUCUACAGGAGCUGCAGCAGAAGUACAUGGACAGUGCUAAAUAG